GGCACUGGCAGGGAAGAAAGAAAGAUAGUUGCUUGAAAAAUAUAUUCAAUAAUUCAUAGCAGAUGAAGAUCUUGAUGAGAUAGGUUUUUCACACUUUACCAAAAUCUCUUCAGUCUCAGCAAUUCUUCAACACACUGGGGAGCUCAGAGAUUUUAUUAAGGAAAUGGACAAAAUUUCUGAUCUGCCAAAGAUAAUCCUCCAUGACAUUCUUUCAAGGUUGCCUUACGAAGAUGCUGCAAGGACCAGUGUUUUGUCCAAGGCUUGGCAUGAAACAUGGUCCUCAUUUCCCAUCUUGGUCUUCGACGGCUCUCAAGGCGUGCUCAUGCACUGGAAGGACAGAAAAGAUCCCCUGAAGAUACAAGAAAACAGGAGGAAAGCGAACAGCUUCCUCAAGUCUGUGGAUAGGACACUUGUUAGGUUCCACCACCACGGCUUUGCCAUCAAAGAAUUUAACCUGAGUAUGAUGUUCUUUCAUCCUCGGUUCAUGCCACAUCGCGUCGACCGGUGGAUGAAGAUAGUAGGUGAAAGUAGCAGUCUUCAGGUGCUAAAGCUUGAACUUGAACUUGCUGACUGUUUCUUUGGAUGUGAGUUUGACUCACGCGCGGUUGAUAGUUAUUACUACUUGCCACCAGAUGUACUGAAAGCCAAGUCAUUAACUGAAUUAGUGUUGUCAGGGAAGAUUAGAGCAGACAAAUUGAUUGUAAAUCACAGAAUUAGGUUCCCUAUGUUGCGGAUAUUGUCCUUAUUUGAAGUUUAUUUGGGACAUGAACAAGCGCUUGAAGAUCUCAUUUCUGGUUGUCCUAUGAUUGAGCACUUAAUAUUGGAGCACUGUGUUGGAUUGGAAAAUGUAAAGAUACAUGAUUUGCCUAAGCUAAAGUCUGCUAAGUUUUAUGGAUUUCGUGAAAUUCAUGUUGAUGUGCCGAGUCUAGAGUAUCUUCAUCUUGGUAAUGACGAAUUAGAGUUCCCUUGUGAUAUCAGUAUAGACAAGUGCAGAAAUUUGAAGGUGUUUCUUUUACGGGCUGCGAGGUCUGUUUUUGUCUCUAACCAAUGGUUGCUUGAACUUUUUGACAAGUUUCCUUUCCUUGAGAGGUUGGAAUUAAGUGGUUGUGUUACAUCUGAGAGCCUAAUGAUCUCCAGUUCUCGCCUCAAGGUUUUGUCCUUCGAGGCUUGUGUAGAGUUGAAGGAAGCUAGGAUCAAUGCGCCGAAUUUAGAGUCAUGUAGAUAUUCUGGACAAUCCAGCCACAUGCCAGCAGCUAUGUCUUUUGUGAACUGUUCAAAUCAGGUGGAUUUUGAUGUUGUCUUCGCAACAGAAUAUCGUAUUAUGGAUUUGAAAAGGCUUAGGGCAUUUCUCCAGAACAUAGCACCAAGAAAUGUUAUGGUAUCCUUGUAUCUUCGAAUCAUGAAAGGUUCAUCUAUUGUGUUCAAUGAAGAUGUACUACAAAAUGUUCAAGUCCCUUUGCCAAGGAUCAAACAAUUGAGGUUAUUGGUAGCUGAAGAAACUGAAGAGUUGUGUGUGCUUCUUAUCAAUGAUUUGUUUUGGAGCUUCCGUCCUGCUAUUAUUUCUUUGAACCUGAAACUCUGCAGCAGAAUAUUCCUUAAGCUACUAUUGGAGAAGCUAAGGUGCCACAACGAGGAAGAGAGAUGCUGCAGUUCAAGUCAAAUGAAAUGUUGGUGGCAUGAUUUGAAAGAUGUCAAAGUCAGAAGCUCUCCUAAAAAAUAUGAGAACCUCAGUGAUUGUGAAGCACUCUUGGAUUCAUUGCCAAUAAAUUUUUCUUCCCCGACUCUGCAUCUUAACUUUGAGUUAGAGUGGGACUCAUUAUAUACUUCUGUGUCCGGCGGCGGCAUCAACGCCGGUCCCAGCGUCAACUAAUUCAUGCUGCAUUGAGGAUUCAUGAUUUGGUUUCCCAACAAUACAUUAUGAAGAUACCAGGUCCAACUGCAAUGGAAGACCUAUUAUGAAUUAUUGCUUGUGGUUGUUGCAUCCCUAAUGUUCUUCUACUAUGACUAAAAGCAGAAAAAUUAGCAUAAUAAUUUUGCAUAUUAGACUGAGAUGGUGGCUACUAGUAUUAUCUGAUGAUGGCACCAUGUUCAGCUCUUGAUAAUCAAAACAAUGUAUUCACAAAUUGUGCUUAUCUAGUAUAUGAUAUUGUUGCCUUUUUAG